AUGCGGACUCGGGCUGGGCCGACCGUGGAGAGUCAGAAAGAGCUCACUGGACAGAGACGAGGAACGAUGGGCGCCGGUUCCUUUUCUGCCCUCCCAGACUGCUCUGCUCGUAUUUCUGUUUUAAGAAUUAUCUCACUUUACGAAAGUUCUGAAGCCCCCCAGCAGACUGUCAGCGCCACCAGAAUCAAACAGGAAACCGGUUACACGGCAGGGAGCAGGCUCUUCCUUCUCCCUGGUGCUAAGGCAGGUUGGUGCUGGCUCCCCACAGGCCCGGAAGGCGGAGGCCAGCCCCUGGCUGCUGGGCCGGAGAAGGAGGCGCCACUGCAGAGUGCAGCCCCCAACACUCGGGACGCCCCGAGUGGGGAACUGCCCACCUCCUGCACCGUCUCUGGGGAGGAGAAGCCACCAGAGUCCACUGGAGAGCUAACUGGGACUGAUGCCCUGAAAGUGUGCCAGCCGCCCGGCUCAGGGGCUCCCCACAAAGAUGGAGCUCUGGUCCUGCCUAGACCCCAGCUUCAGGGGGAUGGCUGCUCCCUCUCCGGGAGAGAGGCCAAGCCAGGGAAGAGGCCCCGCUCUCCGGGCUCUGGGAAGCAGAAAAAGCCUAUUGCCGUGGGUCCAGCCUCAACGUCAUCUCCCAGUGUCACCAACCCAGCCCGUGCCACACACAACCCAGUGCCUUGUGGGUCAGGCCGGGGGCCCUGCCACCUGGCCAACCUCCUCAGCACAUUGGCCCAGAACAGCCAAAAUACAGACCAGAAGAGGCCCCCGGAGGCAGCCUGUCACGUUCGGAAAAAGACUCGAACCCUAUACCGCUCAGACCAGCUGGAGGAGCUGGAAAGGAUAUUCCAAGAAGACCACUACCCUGACAGUGACAAGCGCCGAGAGAUUGCCCAGACGGUGGGGGUCACCCCCCAGCGCAUCAUGGUAAAGGGGGCCAGGCAGCCGGAGGGGUGGGGGAGAACCCACUAACUGGAACUCUGAAGAGCAGAGCAACGUCUCUCCCUACAGGUGUGGUUCCAGAACCGCCGGGCAAAGUGGAGAAAAGUGGAGAAGGUGAAUGGGAAGGAGAGCAAGGACGACCCUGCAGGCCCCGCCCCCGCCCCCGCCCCCUCCGGCAGUCAGUGCAGCUCUGCAGCUGAGCCACCUCCUGUGCCUAUGGACCCAGAGCCUGGUACCUUCCCUCAGGAGCCACCUCUGGACACUCUUCCGGAGCCCGCCAUGCUCCUGACAUCGGGCCAGACCCUGGCUCCAACCCAGCAGACUGAGGGUGCUCAGAGGGUGGCAGCGACCCCACCACUCUUCAGCCCCCCACCCGUUCGGAGAGCCAACCCUCCUUUUGCCCUGGGCCCUGUCCACACCUCCCAACUGAUGCCUCUGCUGCUGGACAACCUCGACAGUGACAGCAGCCACAAGGACGGCCCCUGUGGGUCCUGGGGGACAAGCAUCACGUCACCCCCCACCUGCUCAUACUUGGAAGAGCUGGAACCCCAGGAUUACCAAGCAAGCGCCCAGCCAGGACUGUUCCCAUUCUCCCAGGCUCCACAGACCCAGCUUUUCCCACAUCCUCAACCCCAGUUUUCAUAUCUGCAUCCCUUCCCCCCGUUCUCCCUGCCCAGUUCCCUGACACCCCCACUGCCAGAAGACUCUCUCUUUCCAAUGCCCUAUGGCCCCAGUGGGGGCACAUCACAGAGCUACUUCCCAGGCCCCACCUCGGGGCAGAUCCUGCUGCAGCCACCUGCCGCGAACGCGGGUACAGUCCCCUGGAAUGACCCCUGCUUGCCAGAACUGCCCUUCCCUGGUCCCUUCUGCCCACAAGCUCUGGGGCACCCCACAGGAGGGGAUGGCUACUUUCCGGAUCUGCUUCCAGCUCCCUAUGCUCAGGCCGUGAGCAGCCAGCCUUCUCCAGGGCCCACCCAGCUGCCCGAAGGGACCAGGCCGGGAGCUGGGCCUUUCCUCAGCAAGGCCCGAGAGGAGCCGCAGGCCACCUCUGUGGAGCCGCACUCAGCACCUCAGGGGAUCCGAGAGGAAGAUAAGGACCACCAUGUUCCCUAG